ACAAAUCGUUUCUAUUUUGAUUUACGAUUCAUGCGCAUUCGGGUGUUUAUCAACAAGAAAAAUAAUCGAAAUCAGAAAUUUUAAUUUGAGCACUAUAAUUGAUUUCAGUUUAUUCAAAAGUCAAAAAUGGAUAUAAAAUCGUUUUUGUACGAAUUUUGUGCGAAGUCGCGUAUAGAACCAAAGUUUGAUAUUCGCCAAACUGGUCCCAAAAACCGUCAGCGAUUCCUGUGUGAGGUGCGUGUAGACCCUAACAUAUAUAUUGGUGUGGGUAAUUCUACCAACAAGAAGGAUGCCGAGAAAAACGCGUGUCGUGAUUUUGUCAACUACCUAGUGCGCGUGGGGAAACUGAAUGCAAAAGAUGUUCCUGCGGAUGCUGUGGCUUCCGGGGCCGGACCUAGGAUUGGUCUGGAUGGUGUGGGCGCGGCAGAGGGCGGUGGACAGCAGAAACGCGUGUUUGAUGGUCAGUCGGGUCCACAGGAUCUGGGUGAGGCCUAUCGCCCACUAAACCACGAGGGCGGCGGCGACUGCAACCGCUACUCUGUAAUUGAUCACAUCCAGGAGCAGAGAGACAUGAACGAAGCUGAGUCUUUCGAUGUCAACGCCGCCAUCCACGGUAACUGGACCAUAGAGAAUGCCAAAGAUCGACUGAAUAUGUACAAGCAGGCGAACAACGUUCGCGACGAUUACAAAUAUACACCAGUGGGCCCGGAUCACGCUAGGAGCUUUAUGGCAGAGUUGUCCAUUUAUGUGCCAGCGCUCAGGCGCAAGGUGACGGCCCGCGAAACGGGCUCAAACAAGAAGUCUGCCAGCAAGUCAUGCGCCCUGUCACUGGUUCGCCAACUUUUCCAUUUAAAGGUGAUAGAGGCUUUUAGUGGAACCCUAAAAAAAAAGAAGGAUGUAGAGCUGAAGCCAUAUCCGGUGAAGAUUUCUCCAAAUCUGAUUAACAAAAUUGAUAAGGUUAUUCAGGUUUUGGACCUUCCUGUUGUAAACCCGCGCAAUAUCAAAAUCGAACCGGACGGCGCUCCAAUUCCUCUAAUUGUUAACGUAAGCCGCAUAGAGUCCACGCAACGGGAUGGGGAAAAGCGUCAGGAAAGCUCAGUAAUUCCGUGGGCUCCUCCCCAGGCAAACUGGAAUACUUGGCAUGCCUGCAACAUCGACGAAGGCGAACUGGCAACCGUGUCUAUUGAUGACAUUUCGAUGGACUACGAACGAUCGCUGCGUGAGCGCCGCCAGAACGACAACGAGUACCGACAAUUCCUCGAGUUUCGCGAUAAGCUGCCCAUUGCAGCGAUGCGAUCUGAAAUUUUAAGCGCAAUUAAUGACAAUCCAGUGGUAAUCAUUCGUGGAAACACAGGGUGCGGAAAGACUACCCAAAUAGCCCAAUACAUUCUUGAUGACUACAUCUGCUCCGGCCAGGGCGGGUACGCUAAUAUUUAUGUGACCCAGCCUCGUCGCAUUUCAGCCAUUUCUGUUGCCGAGCGCGUAGCUCGCGAGCGGUGCGAAAAUUUGGGCGAGACUGUAGGGUACUCGGUGCGAUUUGAGUCUGUGUUUCCACGUCCCUACGGCGCAAUCCUCUUCUGCACCGUCGGCGUGUUGCUGCGCAAGCUGGAGGCUGGCUUACGAGGAGUAUCGCAUAUUAUUGUGGACGAAAUCCACGAGAGAGACGUGAACAGCGACUUUUUGCUGGUCAUCCUUCGCGACAUGGUUGACACAUAUCCAGAAUUGCAUGUUAUUCUUAUGUCGGCCACUAUUGAUACAACGCUUUUUUCCAAGUAUUUUGGCGGCUGUCCCGUAUUGGAAGUACCCGGAAGAGCGUUUCCCGUGCAGCAAUUUUUCUUGGAGGACAUUCUUCAGAUGACAGACUUUGUGCCUUCGGUGGAGUUGCGACGAAAGCGCAAGGAGGUAGAGGAAGAGGAGCAAUUGCUGCUUUCCGAGGACAAGGAAGAGGCGGAUACCAACUUUAACAAGAUUUGCGAGGACAAGUAUUCACAGAAGACUCGCAAUGCUAUGGCCAUGCUAUCCGAAUCGGACGUAAGCUUCGAGCUGCUGGAGGCAUUACUGCUGCACAUUAAGUCAAAAAACAUUCCCGGAGCCAUAUUAGUAUUUCUGCCCGGCUGGAACCUGAUCUUUGCGCUGAUGAAGUUUCUGCAAAAUACAAACACUUUCGGUGAUACAUCCCAAUACCGAAUUUUGCCAUGCCACUCGCAGAUUCCUCGAGACGACCAACGCAAAGUAUUCGAGCCUGUUCCAGAAGGCAUCACCAAGAUUAUACUUUCUACCAACAUUGCAGAGACUUCUAUAACGAUUGACGACAUUGUUUUUGUAAUUGAUAUAUGCAAGGCGCGCAUGAAGCUCUUCACUUCACAUAACAACCUAACCAGCUACGCCACCGUUUGGGCGAGCAAAACCAAUUUAGAGCAGCGCAAGGGCCGAGCUGGGCGUGUCCGACCGGGCUUCUGCUUCACCCUCUGUUCGCGCGCCCGCUUCGAAGCGCUCGAGGACACUCUUACGCCUGAGAUGUUUCGUACGCCGUUGCACGAGAUGGCGUUGACCAUUAAAUUGCUCAGGCUGGGCUCCAUUCACCACUUUCUGUCAAAGGCAUUGGAGCCACCUCCGGUAGACGCGGUAAUCGAAGCUGAGGUGUUGCUUCGAGAGAUGCGCUGCCUUGACGCUAACGAUGAACUUACACCACUGGGCCGCCUGCUGGCACGCCUCCCAAUUGAACCAAGGCUUGGAAAGAUGAUGGUCCUCGGAGCAGUAUUUGGCUGUGCCGACCUGAUGGCCAUUAUGGCUUCGUAUUCUAGCACCUUCUCAGAGGUGUUUAGUCUUGAUAUUGGCCAACGUCGCUUGGCAAAUCAUCAGAAAGCGUUGAGUGGUAGUAAAUGUUCCGACCACGUGGCAAUGAUCGUAGCCUCACAAAUGUGGCGGCGCGAGAAACAACGCGGUGAGCAGAUGGAAGCUCGGUUCUGUGACUGGAAAGGAUUGCAAAUGAGUACCAUGAACGUAAUCUGGGAUGCCAAGCAGCAGUUGCUGGAUCUUCUUCAGCAGGCUGGAUUUCCAGAAGAGUGUAUGAUACCGCACGAGGUGGAUGAAAAGAAUAAUGGCGAUGACCCACUACUGGACGUGUCACUGGCUCUGCUGUGCUUGGGUCUCUACCCCAACAUAUGCGUGCACAAGGAGAAGCGUAAAGUGCUGACUACAGAGUCUAAAGCAGCGCUACUGCACAAAACAUCGGUGAACUGCAGCAACUUGGCAGUCACAUUUCCAUAUCCGUUCUUCGUUUUCGGCGAGAAGAUCCGCACGCGAGCUGUUUCCUGCAAGCAACUAUCUAUGGUCUCGCCUUUGCAGGUGAUACUAUUUGGAUCGCGCAAGAUUGACUUUGCCGCCAACAAUAUCGUUCGCGUUGACAACUGGGUUAACUUUGAAAUGGAUCCGGAACUUGCGGCCAAAGUUGGUGCCCUUAAGCCUGCCCUGGAGGAUCUUAUCACGGUGGCGUGCGACAAUCCUUCAGACAUACUUCACCUGGAGGAGCCCUAUGCAAAGCUGGUCGAUGUUGUCAAAGACCUUUGCGUUAAGAGCGCUGGAGACUAUGGACUGCAGCGUGACUCGGGAAUUCUGCCGCAUCAAUCACGCGACUUCAGCGCCGGCGGAGGACCGGCCAAACGAGGGCGCUUUGACGGCGCCGGAGGUGGUACAGGACGCUACAGUAACAGAGGCUUCGGCAGCUAUGGCCGCCGUGGAAACAGCAGCAACGGAAAUAAUGGAGGGGGAUAUGGAAAUAAUGAAGGAGGAUAUGGAAAUAAUGAAGGAGGAUAUGGAAAUAAUGGAGGAGCAUAUGGAAAUAAUGGAGGAGCAUAUGGAAAUAAUGGUGGCGGAUAUGGAAACAAUGCCGGAGGAUAUGGGAACAAUAGAGGAGGAUAUGGAAACAAUCGAGGGUAUGGAAACAACGGUGGUGGAUUCGGAGACUCUUAUGGAAGCAAUAGAGGAUCAGGCGGCGGACCUGGAAAUUGCGAUCAAAGCGGACGCUGGGGACACUUUUAACGGAUAUUUCAAAAGCUGUAUUGGUUUUUUCAUACACAAGAAAAAUGAGUUUACCCAUUAUUAAAACGUUACUAUUUGUCUUUGGAUAUGCUGAAUUAAGUAUACAAAUAAAAGACACAUUGAGGUGUUUGUUUUACGGGUCGUUGGUUCCUAGGCAUUAAAAACGCUUUUGCGAUCCGAAUCGAUGUCUGAGUUAAUGGCUAAGAAUGACAUAGAUGGCUUACAAGUUCCUUCUCUCCGUAUUGUCGUUCUUCCAACGCAAAAAUAAUAAUGAAAAAUGCUAUUAGGUAAUGCCAAAGACCAAUAUUAAUAUAUGUAUGUAUACAAAUAUUAUCUAAUACGUAGACUAAUGUAAUUCCUAUACUCUAUAAAAUAUUUUAACACUAAAAA